AGAAGAAGAAGGGAAGUGACGCGGCUGUAUUCGCUGUAAAAUGGCCACCGUCGUGUGUUAGUCAAAACACAAGCGACGAGUCCAAACACAGAUUAAAAUACCGAGAGAGUUACAGUUCAUACGAAGGAAAUAACCACCGCUGCUGGAUGGAAGGUGCAGUCAUGGCCGAGCAGACUAACGUCGCCACCAGCUCGGAGGGGAUCGUGGGCCUGGACGAGCCCAAGAAGAUGACCAGGGAGGACUGGAGGAAGAAGAAGGAGCUGGAGGAGCAGAGGAAGCUGGGAAACGCUCCAGCUGAGGUGGACGAGGAGGGGAAGGACAUCAACCCUCACAUACCACAGUAUAUUUCAUCAGUGCCAUGGUACAUCGACCCAUCCAAAAGACCAACGCUAAAGCAUCAGAGGCCGCAGAGUGAAUUUGAGGAACAAUACUCCUCCAUUGGAGAGUGGUACAAGAGAGGAGUGCAAGAGGGUUCUGUCACCACUAAAUUUCGUAAAGGAGCUUGUGAAAACUGCGGUGCAAUGACACACAAGAAGAAGGACUGCUUGGAGCGACCCAGAAAGGUUGGGGCAAAGUUCACAGGCACAAGCAUAGCUCCAGAUGAACACGAUCAGGUACAGCUUGACUUGGACUAUGAUGGGAAGCGGGACCGCUGGAACGGGUAUGAUCCAGAGGAACACCAGCGCAUCGUGGAAGAGUACGCCAAAGUAGAUCUGGCCAAAAGGACCCUAAAGGCACAGAAGCUUCAGGAUGAGUUGGCCUCUGGAAAACUGGACCCAACUGAGCGGGAACACGACAGUGAGGAUGAGGAUGAAGAUAAAUAUGCAGAUGACAUCGACAUGCCUGGUCAGAACUUUGACUCCAAGAGACGAAUCACUGUCAGGAAUCUGCGUAUCAGAGAAGACACAGCUAAAUACUUGAGGAAUUUGGAUCCAAAUUCAGCAUACUACGAUCCAAAGACUCGAGCUAUGAGAGAGAACCCGUACUCCAACACUGGCAUGAAUCCUGACGAAGUGGGCUAUGCUGGAGACAACUUUGCUCGCUAUUCUGGGGACACAAUCACCAUGGCCACAACACAGCUGUUUGCCUGGGAAGCCUAUGAGAGAGGCUCUGAAGUGCAUCUGCAGGCCGACCCCACCAAGCUGGAGCUGCUCCACAAGUCCUUCAAGGUCAAGAAGGAGGACUUUAAAGAGAAACAGCGGGAUAGCAUCCUAGAGAAGUAUGGAGGUGAAGAGCACUUGGAUGCACCGCCGCGGGAGCUGCUGUUGGCCCAGACGGAGGACUACGUGGAGUACUCUCGGCACGGUGCAGUACUGAAGGGGCUUGAGAAGGCUGUGGCUCGCUCCAAGUAUGAGGAGGAUGUGCUCAUCAACAACCACACUUGUAUUUGGGGCUCUUUCUGGAAAGAUGGCUUCUGGGGAUACAAGUGCUGUCACUCCAUGGUCAAACAGAGUUACUGCACAGGAGAAAUUGGAGUUGGAAUAAGCAACUCAGAAUGUGUCCCGUUUGAAGAAGGACUGACUGAGCCACAGGAGGAAGAACUGCCCAAGACUCUGCUGGAAAUGCAUCGAGAUAAGAUGAAAGAGAAGAAGAAGAAAAAGAAGAACAAAAAGAACAAGAAGCACAGCUCUGAUGGCAGUGAUUCAGAAGAUGAAGAGAAGAAGAAGGAGAAGCUGAAGAAGGCACUUGAGGCAGAGGACAAGCGGGUGAAACACAUAGAUGCAAUAAUGCAGCUGGAUGAGAGGAAGAGGCCGUACAGCAGCUUGCACGAAGUAAAGGCGCCAACUGAGGAGGAGAUGGAGGCCUUCCGCAUGAAACGCUGCCGGGCAGACGAUCCAAUGGCUCCCUUCCUGGGAAAGUAACCUCUUCUUCUCCAUCCCUGCCGGCUCCCCUAAACUCUCCCCAAGGACUGUAGACACUGCCAGAGCUGCUGCUCGGUGGAAACAACGUCUCAGACUCAUAAAACUCAACUUUUAUCUCGUUAACUUGCAGCAGGAGCUUUCUGUUGCGUUACGAACGUAACAGAAAAUGUGUACAGUGUUUUUGUUCAUUUCAUUUUGAAAACUUUUUGUUUUUGAUGCCACAUAUUGAUAGACUGUAGGGCAAUAAUGAUGAGUGCUUUUGUUUGUACUUAAUCAAGUUCCACAGGAUAAAAGAUUUGGAAGCCAUCCUCAGUCUUAACAGUAAUUUGAGGAACAUAACGACUGUUAGUGGGAUUAAUGCUUUGUUUUUAUAAUAAAAUAUAUAUUUGUUUGAA